UAUUAUCUUUGGUCCAGUUAUUUCUUUGCAUUGUGCGUGCCUCCAUCUAUCUGUCUGUGAAAGUUGAGAGUGAAACAAUAAUAUUGAAUAAUGUCGGGCUACGUCGGACAAGAUUACUGGGACCCUAAUGCUCCCCCGCAAUCGCAAGGAGUUUAUAACUUCGAAAUGCCUGUGCAAGAUUUCGGAGAAAAUCUGAGCUUUCAAUCGUUUGACAGUGCGCCGGUGUCAAAUCAAGAUCAACAGCAGGAUCUUUACGGGAACAAUCCUUACUUGAAUACAUCACCUGGUGGAUAUCCCCAAACGGAUACGUAUGGACAGGGUGUCUCAUCGCAAGGGUUUACUGGAUCAGGAGAAUUUGAUGACGAACCUCCUUUACUCGAAGAACUAGGAAUAAAUCCCGACUUCAUCCUGCAAAAGGUAAGUGCCUUACGGAAAACUUUAUUUUUUUUAUUAUCCUAUCAAGUUUCACAAUUAAAAUAAUCUUUGGGAAGUUAAA